CGCCCCAGAAAUCCAGGCAGGAAUUCAAACCGGAAGUGGCCCAGAGCGGCCAUUUCGCUGGUGUUGUCAACUCUCCUAACCCGUCUAUCGCCUGCGGGAGGCAAAGGGUUUCUUGGUGUCUCUGCAGAACCCACAUCACUGAGGCUGCAGGACCUCUCUUCACUGCCCAGCCUGACUCUUCCCAGCAGCUCAGAUUGGAGUCUUCUGAUGCCCACUCAGCUGCAAGCUCCGGGGAAAAGUGGAGUUGUCAGCAAGAAAGACCAAGAGUAGAAGCCCAGAGGGGACAUGCCUGCUGAUACGAAUUUGCCCCAGAGACCCCAGGUCUUGGGUCCAGAGGAGAGGGAUGGAUCGUGUGAGGGAUCAGUGUCAUUUGAGGACGUGACCAUGGACUUCAGCAGGGAGGAGUGGCAGCAACUGGACCCUGCCCAGAGACGCCUGUACCAGGACGUGAUGCUGGAGAUCUACAGCCACCUCUUCUCAGUGGGGUAUCACAUUCCCAGCCCAGAAAUCACUGUCAGGAUGGGAAAAGGAAAGGAGCCACGGAUGGGGGAGGCCGACCUCCCACAGCACAGGUGUCCAGGGGAGUUGGGGCUUGAAAGCCCACAACAGGAAAGUUCUGAAAAAGCUUCACUUCACACUGAUGUAGCCAGUAAGGUCACAAGAGAUGGUGCACAGUGGUUCGUUUUGGAAGAACUGUGGGAAGGGGCUGACCAAACAAAGGGGUAUCAGGAAAGUCAAAAUAAACCUUCCCACCAGAGGGCUUUCCUCAACAAGGAAAAACUGAAUACAGAGAGGGAUUGUGACUAUAAGGACCCCAGAAAAGUCAUCCUUGUGAGGCUCCACCUUGACGCUUCACGAAGAAGACCUCACAAACGUUGCUCACUUGCAAAAAGCUUGAACCCUCACCUAGAAAUAGAUUGUCAGAAUCAAAGCAAUACCACAGAACACUUUGAUGAGGCUGUUGGAUCUGGUCAGCUACUCAUCCAUAGCUCUUCCGAGGCUGGCUGUGAGAGAACUCACACAGGAGAGGACUUCUGCGAAGGUAAUCCAGGUGCAAGAGUCUUCAACCAUAAACAGUUGCUCACACUACAUCAAAUUCAUGCUCGGGAGAAACCAGACAGAUGUACUGAAUGUGGGAGGGACUUCACCCAGAAGUCACACCUCCUUGAGCAACCAAGAUUCCACAGUGUAGAAAACUUCCAGGAAUGCAGUCAGUGUGGAAAAGCCUUCCCUCUACAACCAAAACUUGGUGUAUAUGUGACAGGUCAUACAGGUAACAUACCAUAUAUAUGUAAGGAAUGUGGAAAAGUCUUCGUUCAGAGGGCAGAACUGAUUACACACCAGAAAAUUCACACCAGAAAGAAGUCCCAUAAAUGCCACGAGUGUGGAAAGGCCUUUUUCCAGAUAUUAUCUCUCUUCAGACAUCAGCGAACGCAUACUCGAGAAAAACUCUAUGAAUGCAGUGAAUGUGGAAAAGGCUUCUCCCAGAAUUCAACCCUCAGCAUACAUCAGAGAAUUCAUACUGGUGAGCGACAAUACGUAUGCGGCGAAUGCGGGAAGGCCUUCACCCAAAAGUCAACCCUCAGCUUGCACCAGAGAAUCCAUUCAGGGGAGAAGUCCUAUGUGUGUAUCGAAUGCGGCCAGGCCUUUAUCCAGAGGGCACACCUGAUCGUGCAUCAGAGAAGUCACACGGGAGAGAAACCUUAUCACUGUCAUAACUGUGGGAAAUCCUUCAUUUCCAAGUCACAACUCGACAUACAUCAUCGAAUCCAUACCGGGGAGAAACCUUAUGAAUGUAGUGACUGUGGAAAAACCUUCACCCAAAAGUCACACCUCAAUAUACAUCACAAAAUUCACACUGGAGAAAGACACCACGUGUGCCAUGAAUGUGGGAAGGCCUUCAACCAGAAGUCAAUACUCAGCAUGCAUCAGCGGAUUCACACUGGAGAGAAGCCUUACAAAUGCAGUGACUGUGGGAAAGCCUUUACUUCCAAGUCACAAUUCAAAGAACAUCAGCGAAUUCACACCGGAGAGAAACCCUAUAUAUGCCCUGCAUGUGGGAAGGCUUUCAACGGGCGGUCCAAUUUCCAUAAACAUCAGCUGACCCACACUAGAGAGAGAACUUUUUCCUGUUACAAAUGUGGGAACACCUUCAUCCAGAAAUCAGAGUUGACUGCUCAUCAGAGAACUCACGUUGGAGAGAAACCUUAUGAAUGCUGUGACUGUGGGAAAACCUUCAGUAAGAAACCACAACUCAAAGUGCAUCAACGAAUUCACACAGGAGAGAGACCUUAUGUAUGUUCUAAAUGUGGGAACACCUUCAACAACAGAUCAAAUUUUAAUAAACACCAAACAACUCAUACCAGGGGUAAACCUCACAAAAGCAGUUAUUCUGUGACAAGCUUUACGCAGAAAUCAAUUCCUAGUAUGCAUCAGCAUAUACAUAAGUGAAACAAACUCUGGAUUUCUUGAAGAAAAAAAUCUUACAAAAGUCAGAUUUAAUUGUAUGCUACAGAAUCCACACUUCAGAAAAACUCUAGGAAUGCACUGCAUGCCACCAAAUUAUACAUUAUUAUACGUGAGGGAAAUUACUCAGAAAAGAACUUUUAAGAAUGAGUGGAAAUGCCCAUAUUAAUACUAGUCUCAUUAAAAAUUAUAAAAUUCAUGUAAUAUAAUUUCUCCCUCCCCGUCAAAGAAAUAAAAAAAAUUAAAGCAAAAUAGAAUCAGACUUAACUCUGAAUGACUGACUCUCAUUUACUAGUAAAAAAUGGAAGGUUCUGAAAAUGUGCUUAUUUCCAAAAAGAUGUGGCUGACCUCUACCUAUGCUACUGUGGGUUGGCAAAAGUGACUGAUGUGUGAACCAAAAGAAAAGCUGUCAGAAAUUGCUGUCAGAGGACGUGUUUGUUCUCAAUAGUUGAAACUGACAGGGUCUCAUAAGAUCCACAACUAGACAUGUGACCAUUAAAUUCUUUUUUUUUGGAUU